UUUGUAUAUGCUUAUCAGCUAUAAAUUUUAUUAUUGACGUGUGGUGGUUUGGUAUAAUUUUCGCGUAAAAAAUAUAUAUUGGCAAUGAUUAUUUAACUUCAGAACUCAAUAAAUGGAGUUCAGUGUUUGAAGUUGAGUUUUUGCAUUAUGCUCAACGUGAAUUAUGUUGGUCUAGAUGAGAAUGUUUACAAAUAGUCUGACAAUCGUGGUUGUUAUAUAAUUGAUGUUUAUUUUAAGGAUAUUAGUCCUUUGUGGUGUAAGAAUUAGAAGCAGGACGACAUGAAAUUUACCUAGUUUUUACUUGCGGAAUCAUCAAAGAGCACCGCUUUCUUAGACUUAACAAAAUUGAUCACCAUCAUUGCAUCACUCAUCUGAAUGUGCUCGUUUUCAACACAAAUAAUUAUUGCCUGUUUAAUCUUCAUCACUACCGCUACCGCCAAUCGUCCUGCACCUGAUACAACAAAGAGCUAACAUAAUGAAUCGCAUUUCAGUUGCUAGUGGAGCUGCUACCGGCUCAGGUAGUUCUGUGGAUGCAACGCCUUAUAUACGUACCAUUGAAUGGGAUAUGAUGAACAAAACAAAAUUUUUUCCACUUUCUAUGUUGAGCUCGUUUUCGGUGCGUUGUUGUCUUUUCCCAUUGACAGUGAUAAAAACACAAUUGCAAGUGCAAUAUAAGAGUGAUGUGUAUAAAGGCAUGAUUGAUUGUGCCAUAAAAAUAUAUCGAUCUGAAGGUAUUCCUGGGUUAUAUCGAGGUUUUUGGAUAUCAUCCGUACAAAUAGUGUCAGGUGUUUUCUAUAUAAGUACAUAUGAGGGUGUACGCCAUUUAAUGAAUGAAAUGGGUGCAGGUCAUCGCGCAAAAGCAUUAGUUGCCGGAGGAUGUGCAUCACUCGUUGGUCAAACUAUUGUUGUACCAUUCGAUGUUAUAUCACAACAUGCGAUGGUAUUGGGUAUGGCAGCGCACGCAGGUCCCAGAGCAGAUCUAAAUCCACUUGGCAUAAAAACUGGACCUGGACGAAGUCGAUUUGCAUUGUCGUUAGAUAUAUCAAGAGAGAUUUUGAAGCGUGAUGGCUUUCGUGGUUUCUAUCGUGGGUAUACAGCGAGCUUAAUGGCAUAUGUACCAAAUUCAGCAAUGUGGUGGGCCUUCUAUCAUCUAUAUCAAGAUGAAUUGUGUCGAAUUUGUCCACCUUGGGUUUCACAUCUUUUUAUACAAUGCGUGGCGGGAAGUUUAGGAGGAUUUACAACUACAAUAAUUACAAAUCCUCUUGAUAUAGUCAGAGCCCGUCUGCAAGUGCAGAGACUGGAUUCAAUGCGCGUAGCAUUUCAAGAGUUGUGGCGAGAGGAGCACCUCCACUGUUUCUUUAAGGGCUUGUCCGCGCGACUCGUGCAGUCGGCGGCAUUUUCGUUUAGCAUAAUUUUAGGCUACGAGACAAUAAAACGAAUAGCAGUUGAAGAGCAAUACAAGCAUCAAAUACGUUGGUAAAUUGGCAACAAAUGCACAACUGUAACCACCAAUAACUUAAUUGAUAAGUACUCGCAUGAAAUUUUCACAAUCAUGUCUCACAACCAGUCUAAAUGAAUUAAAUAAACACGCCAAAGAAUGCAAUGAUAUUGCUGUUUUGCUCUGCAGUAACUGUUAACAAGAAAUUGAAGCCCCUUUGUCUCACACAUAAAUAUUUAUCAAUGUAUUGCAUCACCGGACCGGCAACAAACAAUAUAUUUAUGGUUACAUAUACAUACAUAUAUGUAUGUGUGUAUUUAAAUAAU